AAAUUAUUAUUAAAAAGUGUUCAAAUUUGAUUAGCUGGCGAAAUUGGAUUGGUUGGUACAAAGAAUAAUGUAGUAGUUGACUAAAAAAAAGUCGUUAAUACGACGAAGGUUUUUAUUACUCCCGGGUGGCAAUUUCGGGUCGGGUCAAAACCAGUCAACCAAAUCGGAAAGUUCGCCGGAUGUAAUCCUCUUCACGGCGAUUAUGACUCCUUCUUCUCCUUCUCCUCCGACAACAACAACAACAACCUACACAUCGAUUCCGAUUCCUACCGGCGACGUUAUCUCCCGAUCAAUUCAUAAUCUCACUACCACCAUCUCGCGCCACCGUCCCUGGUCAGAACUAGUCUUCUCCGGCGAUUACUCUCUCCCGUGGCGAUUCUCCUCUCUUCUCCUCCGAUUAAAAACGAAUUACCACUACUUCUUCGUCAACUACGCGAUCGUCGUCGCCGUUUGCUCCGCGUUAGCUCUCAUCACAGCUAGUCCCGUCGCGUUGAUCGUCGUCGGCACGAUCGUCUCCUUGUGGCUUCUGUUUCACUUCUUCAGAGAAGAUCCUCUUAUUCUAUGGAGCUUUCAGGUCGGUGAUCGUACGGUGGUUGUGUUUCUUGUUUUAGCUUCCGUUUGGGCUUUGUGGUUCACUAGCUCCGCCGUCAACUUGGCGGUUGGUGUUGGCGUCGGAUUGCUGUUUUGCAUUAUUCACGUCUUCAUUAGAAACUCCGAUGAGCGUUUCCUUGAGGAAGAUGAUGCUGUUACCGGAGGCUUGAUCGGAUCUAAUCGCCGGUGAUAUUUCCCGAUCGUUCUUGCCGUAAUUUUCAACUUUUUCCCCCCCCCCCAAUUGCUUGUGAGAGAUGUUCAGUUUUUUUGGUUUUUUACCAUUUUUUUUUUUGGGUCUUUUAAAAUUACUUCAUUGUUUGAUUUCUUGUGAUUUGUGUGCUGUGAAUUUUAAGUUUGAUGAUCUAAAAAUGAUUUAAGUUCUUGGAGACUUUUUAGUGUUGGUGUUGGGAUUGUAAUCAAAAGGCAAGAAUGAAUGGUUUCUUAUUGAUUACUAAAACAGUAAAGAACCCAA